AUGGCAUACAAUUACCGGAGACUUGAAGCAGGAGGUGAGCUCAUAAAUAUUGUAUGCGCGGCGGCGGCGGUGCCGGCCGCGACACUCCAUGCACACCGUCACCGUGUUGCAAGCAUUAACAUGUGCACUGUGCCAGCCUUAAAAGCAUUAGAAAUUGCUUCCAGGAAAAAUUGUAAAACAAUCCGCAGUAACGAGUCUGUGUCGCGAACACUUGAAGUUCCCCGUGAAGAGAAGGUUGUGCAAACAAUAUUCUCGACACACAGGGAACUCAACUCGUUGGCGCCCAAAAUGACUGCCGAAAUUGCUUUCUUAAAUGCAAAUGAAAGUAAACAGGAAAAUAGACGAAUAAAUAAUUUAGCCAAGGAGUCGCAACUCUUCGCGGGGCGCAGGCGGCGCGCCUCGUGUCUGAGCGAUAAGAAUUAG